UCCAUCAGGGGAAGGUUUCUUCAGCACAACCACACACGUACCACAAAUUGAAAUAUGCCACUAGUUGAACCAAAAAAAUUAAUUAAAAUAUCCCCAUUCAUUUCAUUAAAAUUAUAAGAUAUGGUACCUAUAUGAGUUGCUUGUAACUGCAAGUUUAUUUCGUAGUAAUUAGUGUGGUGGGAUGGAGUUGGAAUGGGCGGUGGAGUUCUUGAAGGGCAUGAUCAAGCCGGUGGCCGCGUUGGCGGUGGUGGCGAUGGCGAUAGCGCUGUCGUAUUUUCAGAAGCUGGGGCUGGAGUGGGAGAUGGCCUACUCCAUUUUCAGAGCUUUUCUUCAGCUCUCCAUCAUUGGCUUUGUUUUGGAGUUCAUUUUCAACCAGGAAAAUGCUAUCUGGAUCCUCAUGGCUUAUCUUUUCAUGGUCUCGGUGGCCGGUUAUACGGCCGGAGAGCGCGCGAAGCACGUCCCUCGAGGGAAGUAUGUGGCUGGGGCUUCGAUUCUGGUUGGCACCGGAAUUACCAUGUUUGUGCUCGUAGUAUUGCAAGUCUUCCCCUUCACCCCGAGGUACAUCAUCCCAGUAGCUGGGAUGAUGGUAGGAAACGCCAUGACCGUCACCGGAGUUACUAUGAAGAAGCUCCGCGACGACAUUAGGAUCCAAAUGAAUUUGGUGGAGACUGCUCUAGCUUUAGGGGCGACGCCACGACAAGCAACGUUGCAACAGGUGAAACGGUCACUGGUGAUAGCCCUAUCUCCGGUGCUGGACAAUGCGAAGACGGUGGGGCUAAUAUCGUUACCAGGGGCAAUGACGGGGCUGAUAAUGGGCGGGGCGUCGCCUCUUGAGGCCAUCCAGCUCCAAAUUGUGGUGAUGAACAUGUUGGUGGGAGCUUCAACCGUUAGCAGCAUAAUGUCGACUUACCUCUCUUGGCCUUCAUUCUUCACCAAAGCUUAUCAACUGGAGACUAACGUCUUCUCCGCCGACUGAAGCAAGAAAAUUAUUCAUUUCUAUUGCAUCAUAUCCUGCCUUCUCUAACCCGAAAAAUGUACAUGACGUUACACCUUGCUUAACCUAUUGAAUUAUGAGCUCCAGUUUACACGAGAUCAA